AUGUCGGAGUCUUUGUUGUUCAAGGGUACCCUCGCCGGCCACACCGGCUGGGUCACCGCCAUCGCUACCUCGGCCGAGAACCCUGAUAUGAUCUUGACCGCCUCUCGGGAUAAGACGAUUAUCGUCUGGCAACUUAGCCGAGAGGACGGUGCUUACGGUUUCCCCAAGAGAAUUUUGCGUGGCCACAACCACUUUGUCUCUGACAUCGUUACGUCUUCCGACGGACAGUUUGCUCUCUCGUCGUCGUGGGACAAAACCCUCCGACUUUGGGAUCUUAACACUGGUCUCACCACCCGUCUUUUUGUCGGACACACCAAAGACGUCCUCUCCGUCUCUUUCAGUGCUGACAACCGACAGAUUGUCUCCGGAUCCCGUGACCGAACGAUCAAACUUUGGAACACCCUUGGAGAGUGCAAAUUCGAAAUCAAGGACGAGGGCCACACCGGAUGGGUAUCCUGCGUCCGAUUCUCUCCCAACCCGAUGAACCCUGUCAUCGUGUCCGCUGGCUGGGACAAGGUUGUGAAGGUUUGGGAGCUAUCCAAGUGCAAGCUCCGCACCAACCACCAUGGCCACACCGGUUACUUGAACACUGUUACUGUUUCCCCUGACGGCUCACUUUGCGGCUCUGGUGGAAAGGACGGCAUUACCAUGUUGUGGGACUUGAACGAGGGCAAGCACCUGUACUCCCUGGAAGCCGGAGAUAUCAUCAACGCCCUUGUGUUCUCCCCCAACCGAUACUGGCUCUGUGCCGCCACUGCAUCUUGCAUCAAGAUCUUCGAUCUCGAGAGCAAGAGCAUUGUCGAUGAGAUCAAGCCCGACUUCACCGACAUCGAGGGCAGGAACACCAAGGUGCCCGAGUGCACAUCGUUGGCCUGGUCUCCUGAUGGAGGUACCUUGUUUGCUGGUUACACCGACAACCUCGUUCGGGUUUACGCCGUCAUGGGUUAA